AUGGCAAAGACCUUCUGCCAGUUUUCCUGGUGGCCUCUCCAACACUGCCUGUUGCUGCAGUGCCUGUCCAGAGCUCCACACCGUCAUUUGUCUUUCUUCCUGAGGCAAGAGCGGGUGCUGGAGAUCAAUGCCGCAGUAUCUGUGGUUUUGAUAACAGCGCAUGCCCGACGCCGUGGCUUUGGGGCUGUCCCUUGGCAACCAGAGGCUGUAUUGCCGCAACUUCCUUCAGUGAACCCAACAGCUCGCACCAAAGCCACACCGGCAUGGUGGAUGCAACAGCAGGGCAAAGUGAGGGCAACAGUUUGUGGCAGCUGGCAGUGA